GUGAACUCCAUGGAGGACACUCAGGUGGCCAGGACCAUAGAGCUGAAUAAUGGCACACGAAUGCCAGUGUUAGGUCUCGGGACAUGGAAGUCCUCCCUUCUUCCCCGCACCUCAGUCCAGGGUGCAGUGGAGGCAGCCAUCGCAGCUGGCUACCGCCAUAUAGACACCGCUUACAGCUACAACAAUGAGGCUGAUAUCGGCAAGGCUCUGCGCUCCAAGACACAGCAGGGCAUCAUCAGGCGCCAGGACAUGUUCAUCGUCAGUAAGCUGUGGUGUACCCAUCAUGCCCCAGAGGACAUCACUGUGUGCCUGAAUAAGUCCCUGAAUGAUCUCCGGCUGGACUACUUGGAUCUUUACCUUGUGCAUUUCCCGGUUGGCCUAAAGAAAAUGGGUAAUGAACUUUUUCCAACAAAGGAUGGAGAAAUGCUGACCUCUGACGUAGACUAUGUGGAUGUAUGGAGGGGGAUGGAAGCCCUACAAGCCUCGGGAAAGGUGAAGAGCAUUGGCGUGUCCAACUUCAACAUCUUGCAGCUGGAGAGACUUCUUGCUCUGUGCAGGGUGCCCCCUGCUGUCAACCAGAUCGAGCUCCAUCCCUACCUGGUACAGACAGAGAUGAUAGAAUUCUGUAAAUCCAACAACAUUGCUCUGACUGCCUACAGUCCCUUUGGCUCGCCUGCGAGACCCCCAGAGCUGUUCAGAGGAGACACUGAUCCACACAAGCUCCUGGAGGAGCCUGUCGUAGCAGAUAUAGCUAAGAAGCACAGACACAGCCCUGCACAGGUAUUGCUGAGGUACCAUGUGCAGCAAGGUAUUGCAGUCAUCCCUAAGAGUGACAAGCCUCAUCACAUACUUGAAAACACAAAGAUCUUUGACUUCAGUCUGGCUGAAGAAGACAUGAGAGCACUACGAGGACUAGACAGAGGGUGGAAGGCCUGCAUACUUGAAGAAGUCAAGUCUCACCCGUACUACCCCUUUGUAUGAGGCUGUCAGGAGCACAGAGAGAAGACACACUGGAUCUGUUAAUACCAUAAACAUCAAGUCCCAGAGCAGCUACAAGCUCGACCUACAGCUUCACACACUGG